AUAAUAGUCAACCAAAGAAAAAGAAAAAAAACGUAUUGGUUGGUGUUGGAAAUGGCAGCCAAAUUCCACAUUUCCUCUCAAAUCACUUCUUCCUUUAGCCACAAAACUAAUGAGUCCUCAACUUCAUCAUCUUCUUCAUAUUCAUCGUUCCGUGUUUUGCCUAAGUUCCUCUGUUCACCAUCUCCAUUAGGGGUUCAACAGUUCAAGCUUCACGCCAAAUUAGGUGGAGGAGAUGGAGAAGUGAAGCCUAAAGACAAGAAGAAGUUCAUAACCAAAGAGGAAGAACCAGAACAGUAUUGGCAAAGCGUUGGUGAAAGAGAAGGAGAAAAUCCGAUGAAGACGCCUCUUCCUUACAUUAUCAUCUUCGGUAUGUCAACUCCAUUCGUCAUCUUAGCUAUUGCUUUCGCUAAUGGCUGGAUCAAAGUUCCUAUUCGUUGAGCAUUUUUUCUUUUUUUUUUUUGCUUCUUCUUCUUCUUCACUUGUUUAAGGCUGAAUCUUAAACAUAUUUUCUUAUCCUCUUCUUCUUCUUCUUCUUCUUCGGCUGUAAAAAGAAACAAAACUAUAGAAUGGUAUCAUUAUAUUAUAAGGUGCUCUGCUACAUCUUUUAUUUUUGCUUACCCCCUAAGCUA